AUGGAAGAAGGUGCAACCGCCGGAUGGCGUGCCUCUCAGGGACACCUCCAUCACCGCGACGUCGACCAACAUUUGGGAACUUUCCAAUUGCAGACUCUUGCCGACCAACAGAGCCUUGUCGGGCCCUCCCGCGCUCCUGGGAACAGUGCGCGCUCGACCAAAGAGAGACCUUGCGAUGCAUGUCGCAGACGCAAGACGAGAUGUGUCAAGGAGACCGGCGAGGACAAGUGUGUCUUGUGCAAGUUCCACAGCCAGGAGUGCUCCUACUUGCACGAGCCAGUCGCCAGGACCAGAAAACGAAAGGCCCAGCCAAGUGAGGAGACUGAUAGAGGGUUCACAGAUGAUGCCAACCGCGUUAUACGGACCAACGUGGGAACCGGCGUCGAAGAGUACGACGAACUUCCUGGAGAAAGCUUGCUGAAGAAGACGCUUGGUCUCCAGAACAAGCAUCAUGCUCUUUUCGUCGGCUUGACUGAACCAUUCUCCUUUCCUCGCUUCUCGCUCACAUUAGGGAGUUCCCAAAAAUAUACCCAGGGUGGAAUUGUCAUGAUCCGCAAAGUCGAUGAUUUUAACGCCUUCACAAUUCGUGAAGACCACGGCACUAUCGGUUACGAUACCGAACAAACUCGAGUAGAUGCCAUUCAGCAGUUGGUCGAGCCCUAUGGACAGGCUCUUAUCGAUCUGUACUUCCGCAUAAUCCACCCAUCAUUCCCCAUCCUCCACAAAGGCGUAUUCCUCGAGAAGCACGCACGUUCCUAUCGCGAGUUUUCUCCCGCCCUUCUGGCGGCCGUCUACCUUCUUACUACCAACUACUGGAGAUGCUCGCCAAUCCUAGCGACCAAGCCCAAGCCAGAUGCCAAGCGGCUAUACGAACUGGCAAUAGAGUCUUACGACCUUACAAUCUAUCGUCCAAAGCUCUCGUCGGUCCAGGCCGGUUUACUGCUUGCACAAUACGAAUACUUUGAUUCUGAUGUUAUGAGUUGUGGCUCCAGAGGCAAGCUCACGGCGCAGCUGGUCGCAAUGUCGCAUACCAUGGGCCUCCAUCUAGAUUGCUCAAGAUGGGAUCUGCCCGCCUGGGAAAUCAGCUUACGUUGUCGUCUUGCCUGGGCCAUCUAUGUUCAGGACAAAUGGGUAGCUCUUAUCGAAGGUCGACCAGCUUUAAUUUCAGACUCUGACUGGCUCGUACCAUUCUUACAGCACAAGGACUUCCCAGAACACGAAGAGCAUAACGAGGAAGGAAGCUCGGAAGUUGAGAAAAGCCGCAUCAUCUUCAUCCAAAUGAUUGAUCUGACACGAAUACUCUCUGAUGUUCUAGGAGCCAUUUUCAGUUUGCGCUCGCAUCACACUAUACAGAUAUCGGCAGAUCCAGUUGGAACUCUAUUGAGCAGAGUGCAACCUUUGCAGCGUCGGCUCAGCGAUUGGUUUGAUUCGUCUAUGGAGGUUCUGUGUCUGGAAAGAGCCUCGACCAUGCGAUUGACUUGUAUAGGUAAGUUUCGUCAAUUCCCCUGUACUCAAGCACUCGUCUCUGACCAUGUUCANGGAUACCUGAGACUUGCUUAUCUUGCUGUCGAGGUCAGCCUGCAUCGACGUAUCAUAUGCCAAGUCAUGUCUUCCGCGUCAGACCCGAACACGGCUACGGCCUGCCGUAUAGCCGCCAAGCAAAGAUGGCUAUCUGCACUCGAGUUCGUGGAUAGUCUAAAAGCACGCCACCUCAAAUCGUUCUGGUAUUUCAGUUCGACUGCCUGCUUGACGUUGCUCAUCUCUUUCGGCAACGUACUUGUUGGCUCGGCUUUCGACUCAUCUGAAGAACAAUUCUAUCUCGACAAGCUUAAGGAAUUCCGAUGGACCUUGAAGAUCAACGGCGAAAUGGGUGCGAAGUUCAUGAAUGCAGCCAUCGGAUCGAUGAUUCUCGAUCCCAGGGAGAUUCGCAAACCCGAGCCUCCUGUCACCAGCUCCGUCCCCAGUCCUGGGUCGAGGUCCGAGUCAAAUUUCGGCAUCUCUUCACAAAACGCAUUCGGAAACAUGGCCAUACAACCCAGUGAAGCCUCUAUGGGAUCCUCUGGUGUUGGUCCAGGCUGGGUUAAUCCAAGUACAUACGCUAAUCCACCAGUGUUCGCUGGAUUCAACUCCGGUAUGCCCGUGCAAGUACCUUUCAUGUCUGGUUAUACUUGGGCACCGCCUACCUUCGAGAAUGAUCAGCCGGCGCAUAACUACCUUGACCACAUGCCUGGCUGA